AUGUCUAGAUCGAUAGGUACUAUUUCACUGGCUGUUCUUUUUGUUUGUUGCUGUUUUCUUGUUGGUGAUAAACAAACAGUCUUUGCCCAACUCGGAGGUCAAUUAGUUUCACUAGUGACAACAGAAGCUAAUGGUGGAAACACCACUCUCGUGUCCAUGUCUUUACCACAGUUUACAAUUCAAUCAUCACAACAAUUACCUUUCAAGAGUCAAUAUGGUUUAACAUCUUCUGUGAAUAGAAAGGAUAAUUUAAUUCAUCUCUUUACCAAUUCUAUUCUUUAUAAUAUUGAUAGAAAGUCUUUGAGUGUUAAACAACAAAUUCCAAUUAAUCAAAAUAUUGUAAAUAUGGAAUAUAAUCCAAAAACUGAUAAUUUGGUUGUUUUGAUUAAGGAUCGUAAUUAUUUACUUGCUACUGUUUCUCCUCAAAAUAAUGGACAAAUUAAUUAUGUGAUGGAGAUUGACAGAAUGAUGAAUCAAUCAUUCACUCCUGUACGAACUAGUUACAGUGCUUUUGAUUUCAAUAGAAAUGUUUUUUAUAUGGUUGUGAAUGAUGGUGGAUGGAUUCCAGGUCAUAACAGAAUUCUCAAAUUCGAUAUUAAGAAUGACAAGAUUUCUGCCAUUGUUUUGGAGGAUCAAUUCAGUGAAUUUGGUGAUUUUGAUUAUGAUUCAAGUUUGGAUUUAGUUAUUGGUCUUUACUAUCCAGUAACUUCAGAUGAUUCUGUUGACUUGAUCACUAUUGAUGCAAGCACUACAAAAGUUGAAAGGUUUUCAAUCCCAGGUACUGGUCUUAAUUCUAAUCAUAUUGUUUCGUAUUCCUCAUUGAAUGGAUAUUACUACAUUAUGGCAUCUACCGGAAAGGUAUUCGUCAUUGAUAUCAAGGCAAGAAAGUUGGUCUUGUCAACAACGAAUCCUAUUUCUUCAAAAUUUGAUGUCAUGUUUGGUUAUUAUUUUGAAUAA